GACCUCAUAAGAGAUUUCGAGUCUGCCGUGCGCAAGGUCGUCGACACGAAGCGUUCGGAGGCCGACAAGCUUCAAUAUUCCUCUGCAAAAAAAUCGGACGACGUGGCAAAAGCGCGAAUGGCGCUGCUGGACCUACAACGGGAGUGUGCGGCGCUUGGCAUCACAGAGUCGACACACGACGACGCAGGCCGACUGCAAACGAUCGCGUCGUACUCGCGUCGGCCCUUCUACGCGAAAAACUCGAAAAUCCGCCAUCUCGAGGAGAAGCUGGCGCUCAAGACGACCGAAAUUUCCGCUGUCAUGCGCAAAAUCUUGUCCUACGAUCAUAUCAAGCGGCGCCACGAAACGGAGAAGACGGCUCUCAUCACGGUGCAGCACCAACUCACACACGACCUCUGCGAAAAGACGCAUCGGCUACAUGAGCUGCAUCGGCUUGAGAUUGUCGCGAGCGAGGCGCUGAAUAGUGCACAGUCAGGCCUCGCCGAGCUCAAAGCCACGAUUGCGCGCGAAGUCCGCCUAUUCGAGACCGAGCUCUCGCACCGCGAGCGAUGGCUGCGCGAGAAGGCCAAGUUUCAAGCAUUUUACGAGCGACAAGUAGCGCGUUGGAAGUCUCUCGCCUCGAAGACAAGCGGUCAAUCACUUAUCCCAACGAUGACACUCAAGUUGCGCAUGUUUAGCUGCGAAGAAGCUUUUCGCCGCAUUGGACUGCACGGCGAUCGUGUGGACCCAAACGAGAUUGUGAUGAUGUGCAGAGCGCACGAGCAGCUCCGAGACGAGCUUCAGGCGCGGCAGGCAAGCCAAACUGAGCAUUUGACGAGUGUCAAGCGUCGCAUCGAGGCGCUGCGAAUUAAACUCCAGGGCAACCGAGGACGUACCACCCGGCGUCUCAUCGUUGAAGAUGACAACGACGUACUUGUGGCCCUUCAAAAGCAAGAGCGGCUCUUGCACAAGGCGCGAGAUCAAUAUGAGUUCAUUCAGCAAAUUGUGCACCCCGUAAAAGCUGGCAUUCAGCAAAUCGUCAGCCAAGUGACAUCCGAGACCGUCAACGUCGACAGCGUCAGGGCAAUCGAGACAGCCUUGGAGCGUGUCGAAGUCGAGCUCAGUCGCUACAUCAAUGACAGCAGCGCGUCCAGCAAGGAAAGCCUGACUGCAGAAGUAUCUUCGUCAUCCCUCAAGACAGCCACACUGGUACACAGCGCCUGA